ACACACUCACACACAUAUACGCAAAAUAAAAUCACAUAAAAUGCAACGAAAUCAGUUGCAUGAAUUCAGCAACAACAACAACAUCAAGAACAAGUGCAACAAAAACAAGCAGGGAUACAUAAAAUAUUCAAACUAACUAAAAGCAAGGCAAUUUCAUAAGAAAAUUCUUGAAAAUCCAAAUCACAACUCAAGUGCUGCUGCUGCUGCUGUUGCUGGUGCUGGCGGGCACAUGACGCUAAUGGAGCAUCGCUUGGCCCAACCACCGCCACCACUUACCGCUUCACCACUGCUACACGGCACAAUGCUUGCCAAACUGUGGCCUUGGAUGCGGCAGGAGGCGUGCCACUGGCUGCAUAAAUCAAACAUGGACUACACAACGUUGCUGUGCUGCGGUCUGGCUUUCGUAUUAUAUUUGAACACCCUUAAUGCGGGCUUUGUCUAUGACGACAGACGCGCCAUAUUGGGCAAUGCGGACGUCUCUGGUGGAUCGAGUUGGCAGCGCAGCUUUGGCAACGAUUUUUGGGGCACGCCAUUGACGGACAGUGGCACUCAUGGCUCCUGGCGACCGCUUUGCGUGCUGAGCUUCCGGCUGAAUUAUGUGCUUGCCGGUGGCUUUGCGCCGUGGGGCUUUCAUCUCGGCAACAAUCUGUUGCAUUGUGUGGCAACGGCGCUGGUGGUGCGUGUGGCGCGCACGCUGCUCGCCUCUUUCUGGGCGGUACUGGUAGCGGGUGCACUCUUCGCCGCCCAUCCCAUACACACCGAGGCAGUGGCGGGGGUGGUGGGCCGAGCCGACGUCGCUGCCUGUAUCUGCUAUCUGCUAACGUACCUCAGCUAUCUGCGGCACAUGCGCUGGCGCGAAUCCGCCGAUCCCCGCCAGUGGCUGGCCUUAGCCACUACGCUGCUCUUCGCGCUGGCCGCGCUGCUCUGCAAGGAGACGGCCAUAACGGCACUGCUCGUCUGUGCAGCGUUCGAUGUGAUGCGAGCCCUCAGCGGACAGGUGGAUAAGCAACGCCUGCGUUCGCUGUGCAUUGUGCUUGGUGCCCUUGGCUGCAGUGCCUACUAUCGCCUGGUCAUCGUGCCCGGUCCACAGAGCGCCUUCUCCAGCGCUGACAAUCCCAUAGCACGCACUGCGUCCACGUGGACGCGAUUGCUGACAUUUCUGCACCUGCCCGUUGUCAAUUUGAAGCUGCUGCUGCAGCCGCAAGUGCUCAGCUUCGAUUGGGGCAUGGAUGCGCUGACGCGAGUCACAACGCUCUGGGAUCGCCGCAAUGCGCAGUCCGCCUGCUUUUACUCGGUAUUGGUGGGCGUGGCAUGGCGCAGCUGCAAGCUGCUGCUAAAGAGCAGUGAACACGAGAAUAGCAACAAUAAUAAUAAUAAUAAUAAUAAUAAUAAUAAUAGUAAUAAUAACAAUAGCGCCAGCUAUCAGCAUUAUCAUAUACAGAAGGUGGGCAGAAAGUCACGCGCUAAGCGCAAGCGACUCUCCAACAACAACAACAACAGCAAGUACCAAGCCUAUGAGGUAGCCUAUCAACAGGAUGCACUGCCCUGCAGCGACUGCAACAAUAACAACAGCAACGGCGCCUAUGUUUAUGGCGAUGCAACAGCUGCUCCGCACCCGCCACAUUCCUCACAUCCCCUCGUCGUGUCUUCCGCUGUGAGCUUGGCCCUGCUGAAAGCUUUUCGGGGCUCGCGCAGCAGCAGCAGCUGCAGCAACAGCACAACGGCCAGCAACAAGAGUAGCGGCAGCAGCAGCAGCUCCAGUUCUAAUUGCAGCUCCUUGGAUGUUGGCAGUAGUUCUUCCUCCAGCGCCUCCACCUCCUGCUCGGAGUAUAUGUUGAGCGGUAUGCCGGCGCCGGCACGCCGUGCCUGCAUUCUGCUCAUGUCCUGUGCAUUUCUAACGCUGCCAUUUCUGCCCGCGAGCAAUCUGUUCUUCUAUGUGGGUUUCGUCGUGGCCGAACGUCUGCUCUAUCUGCCCAGCGUUGGCUUCUGUCUCCUGGUCGGCUAUGGUGUCUCCAAGCUGCUCGCCUGCCGUCGCUGUCGCAGUUCGCGCCGGACUCGUUGUCUGCUGCUGCUAGGGUUCAGUGUGCUCCUGGCAGCGAUGAGCUUGAGAACGGUGCGCAGGAAUGCCGACUGGCGAGAUGAGGAGAGCCUGUUCCGAAGUGCCAUUAUAGUCAAUCCACCGAAAGCACUGGGUAAUUUGGGCAGUGUGCUGAGCUCACAGGCGCGCUACGAGGAGGCCAAACAGGUGCUGCAGGAGGCCAUCCGGUAUAGGCCCAACAUGGCGGAUGUGCACUUUAAUUUGGGCAUACUGUACCAGAAUCAGCAGGACUUCAAGUCGGCCGUCGAGUGUUUUCAGCGCGCUAUCAAAUUUCGGCCAAGUUUGGCAGUGGCCUAUCUCAAUCUGGGCAUAUCAUUCAUUGCGCUGGGCAAGCGUCAGCAGGCUAUUGAAAUCCUUCAAGUUGGUGCGACGCUGGACGGUACAGCGGUACGCGAUCGCAGUGCCCAUGACCAGGCCAGAAGCUCAGCCUUUCUGCAGUUGGGUGCACUCUACGUGGAGCAGGGCAAAUUGCAGCGAGCGCUUGCUGUCUACCGAGAAGCGUUGUCCUCGUUGCCAACACUCCUGCAGCAAAGAGAGGUGCUCUACCAGCGCAUUGGUGAUGUCUUUGGGCGACUACAGCAGUGGGACGAGGCAGAGCGUCAUCAUCGUGCCGCAUUAGAACUGCAGCCCAACCAGGUGGCGGCGCACUUGAGCUACGGCAUCACGCUGGCCAGAAAUAGCAGUCGCGCUUCGGAGGCGGAAAUGUGGUUCAAGCGCGCACUAAAACUGGCACCGGAACAGGCCAGCGUCUAUCAUCAUUAUGCUGAAUUCCUGGCCUUGCAGUCACGUCAUCACGAGUCCGCUGUUUAUCAUCGACGCGCUGCGGAACUGGCGCCCACGGAUUACGCUUUGGUUGUGGCAGCUGCAACCUCACUGAGAUUGCUCGAUCGCAAAGCAGAGGCGGAGCUGUGGUACCGCAAGGCUGUUGCUUUGCGACCGGAUGACGCACAUGCUCACACUAAUCUGGGGGCCAUAUUGCAUCUGCUGGGACGCACAAAUCAUGCGGCGGCUAGUUAUAAGGAUGCUCUCCGGCUGCAGCCAGGUGAUGCCAUAACGCUGGGCAAUCUGGCGAAAUUGGGCGUGACAAAUGUUUAGCCACCAAGUGGAUAACGUUAAUUAACGUGAGGGAGAUAGUGAGAGAGGGCGAGAGAGACAGAGACAGGGAGAAGGAAAGAGAGAGCAGUAGUUAUUUUUAUAUAUGUAUGCGCAGGCCGGUUAUAGCCGUUAGAUAACUCUACAGAAUUUAUACGAAGGACUUCGAUAUCAUUUAGCAGAUGGCAGAGGCGACAAGAGGCAGGAGGCAGGAGGCAGCAUGUAAAUAAACCACAAAGCAGCGACCAAAGAAAGUCAUAAAGCAGAAACACAAGUCAGAAUUUAUAUGGCUCGAUGGCAGAAGAAAUGAAAAUGAAAGUUAAUGAAAAGGGAACGCAGCAGUAGAGAGACAGAGAGAACAAUAAUUAAACUACCUAAAUGUUAAGGAAUAUCGAAAAAAAAUACAAAUAAACCGUAACCGUAACCGGAAACCGGAUGCAGGUGCUGUACAGUGAACAUAGUCGUAGCAAAACUAUCAAAAAUAGAAUUGAUGCAAAAUAUCGAUAGCAAAAUACUCACGAUAAAUGUUUGUAUAUCGAUAACAACACUUCAAAAUAUCGAUAACAAAAUCAAACGACAUUUUGGUAACUUAAUGUGCUUAAUAUGAAUGUAAAUUAAUGUAAAUAUAGAGAAAACAAAACAGAAAAAACAACCCUUAUGAAAA